AUGGCUCAACCUUACGACAUGGUGGAAGGCGAGGGUGUCAAUGGGAGCGCGCGGCCAUUGGAGCCCCUGGUUACUGAAUGUCAACAAGCCUGCGCGGCUGCGCCACCAGCAUCGACGUGUGCCGACCCCAAGUCACAAGACACACCGAAGACGGGUUGGGCCAUGUCUUUUUUCACACGAAACGAACAUGUUCCCAAGCAUCACCACGUUUGCCCGAAGGCCUUCACCGGCCAGGUGGGCACGGGUAAUUCCCAGGAGCCACGAUCCCCGCUGCUCGGUGCACCAGCCGAAGACGAGAACGCGAUAUCGAGCAGCCUCGCUCCGUCCCUAGACCACGUAAUCUCUGCUGUCCCCGUGGUUGCAGCAAGGCGUUGGAGCUUGGUUGACCUUGAUGACCAGGCGCCAUCAUCUCCCAAGGUUGCGCCUCUCAACAUGGAACCGGGACUUGAUAGACAAGGAGUCGAAGGAAUCUUGUCCAAUAUUCGCGCCAAUCUGUCUGAUAAGCGACACAAUGACUGCCCCCAACGAACAAGCAUAGCUAGAGCAUCAAACGAGAAUCGUGUACCCUCCCCUAGAGCCAGCUCGGACUUGGACACCACCAAUAACGAUCGACCGAGGCAACCUGCAUCGCUUACGGACAGCUAUCUAGUCACCACAACCGAUAUCGCGGGCAUUCUGGAUAUUGUCAUUGCGGGGAUUCGCAACACCCACGUUGAAAGCAGCUCAGCCGCUUGUUUGUCGCUGCUGUUACCGCGAGAGACACAAAGCAAGCCCAAGAUCAAGGCGAUUGUUCCGGGCAGACCAAAUAUAGUAGACCCGGUGACGACUUUCAGCUCCGUCCAACCGUCUUUCAGCCUGACAGGUUGCUCCGAAUCGGCUACAGAGACUCUGGAUCGAGAUAAUGCCCAAGGGCCGAAUGCGAUAGCAACCGGGUCCGAGACUGCCUCACCAAGUGUAUCUGUAAGCGCCAGUCGCCAUUUCUCUUCGUCAGCAACGUCUCCACGCGGGACUAAGAGAGUGAGCUUUGAUCUUGACUCGGUACACGAGGAAAUGGGCACCAUGGCAGAACGCUUCCAACGGGGUGAACGACGUUCAAGCUCCGCUCCAGUGCCCGAGGCAUCUGCAAGGGAACAACCGAAGCGCGCGAUUAGCGCCAGGUCGAUGACAUCGUUCCCCAAGCUCCUGUCCAGGACUUGUACGGAUGAAUGGCUAACACCAGCGACGUUACUGAAGCAUCAAAAGGGGGAUGGAGACCCCCGGGAUACAACAAUGUCGUCAGACCUCUAUCAACACGGGGUCGAUGCGCAUUUUGGAACUGUCCAAGCACAUUUGCCAGUGCUAGAAGAGUCUCCAAUGCCAAGUCCACCAUUUAUGCAAACAUCACCUUUCGAAGAAGUGGGAAGAUACGAAGCCAACAGCAAAAGACUCGGCCGUGCCCUUGGCUCCCUAUCUCACCGACGAAGGAGCAGUUUUAAGCCGGCACCCAGCUCUGAUCAAGCGCAGAAUGAGGGUCUUCUUGAUAAGUUGCGUCGCUACAGUUUCAUGCCAUUGCUAGAGCAGACACCAGGAGGAAUCCGGGGGGCAUCACCGCCCCAUCCGCCACUGGAGCGAACGUGGACGGAGCUACCCGACAGGGAACGGAAGAGGUCGAGCAAGGAAAUGCUGCAGGAUAUCUUGGACAACGUCUACUCACCGCCGAACCGAUCAUCAGAUUCGUCUUCGGGGACAAGAAAGGGUAAGGCACCAGAGAGGGCGUCCCAAGACAGGAGCAGAAUGACUUGCACUUCUUGUCCGGAGGACGCAAUGCCACACGUGUGUACGGACGAUCAGUUCACACCAUGGUCUGAGCAUGAAGACUUCCAAUGGGACGAGUAG